UCAAACGGGGAAAUCCAGACCAGGCAUGGAUAUUCAAACUUGGAGAGAGUCCUUAUGGGCGUGACUUUUCUGGGUACAGCUCGCCACACUGGCGAAAUCAGUGACUACAUAACUGAGAAGUUUUUGAUGAAUUACAACCAUGACUGGAUAUUAGUGGCAAGAGGCGGGGCAGACUACCGAAAAGUAAUUCCUACACAAACUUACGUCAACAGUGCGGAGUUUGAAUCGCCAGCCAAACUGGUGGGGUAUCUAAAUGACCUUGCUAAUGACAAAGAUCGGUAUGUGAAGUUAUUGAAAGAGAAAGACAAGUAUGAAGCGCAGUAUGGUGCUGGUUGGCCCUACUUCUUGUGUGAACUCUGUCAUAGGUUAAACCAUUUAUCAGAAUACAGACAUUCAUACCCGGAUAUAGCUGAACAUCUACAAAAGGACAGAUGUUUUAAACCAAGAGAUAACAAAGACUAACAUAAUGGUAGUAAACUGCAAAAUCCUGCACAUUUUAAUCUUAUGGCAUUAACACUAUGAAUCAUUAAUACCUCAACAUGCAUUAAUAAAGAUACUAUUAUGAUGCAUGUGUAAUCCGUUCAUGUUGUUUUGAUCUUCGCUGAUUGAUCGGCUAUUAGGCUUGUCCCUGUAUUUGUAUUAUUACAAUCAUUUUAUCAUCCUUACUCCUUUGCUUGAAGACUUCCAUUAAACAGUAUAACUGUAUUGUGUGUUUAGACAAAGAAAAGUUUACAAUAUAAAUUACGUUAAUUGUAUUCUUAAUUCCAUUGCCAUUGUUAUAUGAAUAAACACACAU